CAUCUAUAUAUGAGGGUCUGAGUUGGUUUUGCUAAUGGAUCGGAGCAAAUAUUGGAAGGCUGAAAACAUAGAAAAUGGCAACUACAAAGAGCAAGGUUCUUGUUGUUGGUGGAACUGGUUACAUGGGGAGAAGGAUUGUCAAGGCAAGCCUAGCAGCAGGCCACCCGACUUAUGUUCUGCAAAGGCCGGCGCCAGAGAUCGGCCUCGACAUUGAGAAGCUACAAAUGCUCUUCUCGUUUAAGAAGCAAGGGGCUCACCUCGUCGAGGGUUCGUUUUCGGAUUUCCAGAGCCUCGUCGACGCUGUCAAGCUAGUUGAUGUUGUCAUAUGCACCAUGUCGGGAACGCAUAUCCGGAGUCACAACAUUAUGUUGCAGCUCAAGCUAGUUGAAGCCAUUAAAGAAGCUGGAAAUGUUAAGCGUUUCUUGCCAUCAGAGUAUGGCAUGGACGUGGCACGUAUGGGAAAUGCUCUUGAACCAGGAAGAGUUCCGUUUGAUGAUAAAAUGAAAGUGAGAAAAGCAAUAGAAGAUGCUAACAUCCCCUUCACAUACGUAUGUGGUAUUGGCUUCGCGGCUUAUCAUGCCGGCAACCUCUGCCAAAUGGGAACACUGGUUCCUCCAAGGGAUAAGGUGCUUAUGUAUGGAGAUGGCAACCGCAAAGUGAUACUUCUGGAUGAGGAUGACAUUGCAACAUACGCAAUAAAAACGAUUGAUGAUCCCCGAACAUUAAACAAAACAUUGCACCUUCGUCCGCCCGAGUGCAUAGUCUCUCAAAGACAGUUGGUGGAGAUCUGGGAAGGCCUUAUUGGAAAGAAACUAGAAAAGGUUACCCUUUCCAAAGAAGACUUCCUUGCCUCUAUGAAAGAUAUGGACUAUGCAAAUCAGGUUGGAGCAGGUCAUUUCCAUGACAUGUACUAUGAAGGCUGUUUGACAAACUUUGAAAUAGGGGAAAAUGCCGAAGAAGCUUCAAAGCUUUAUCCCGAAGUGAAGUACACUCGCAUGGAUGAAUUCUUGAAAAUUUAUGUUUAAGCAAUAGUCAAACAGCUGAUGAUCAAUAAUUAGACACAGGCAUUGCGUGUGUUGUUGUGUGGAGCUGUGGUUAAUUGGUAUAGAGUUAAUAAAUGGUUUUUAUUUUUAUUUUUUAUUCUUCAUUCUAUUUAUGCCAUCUGUACUUUGCUAUUGUUGCCCGUGAGGUUAACUUUCUUUUUAGUUUUUUCUUUUUUCAUAUUUAAACGUUACUUUGGUCUA